UCUCCCGCCUCUCAGUCACUCCUGGAGAGGGAGAGGACAGGGAUCCGCUCUGCAUCUGCAGCCGUACCGGCGGCGGAGUCAGCGGCAACAUGGCUACUUCCCACUGCAACACCGAUCCCGGGCUGGAGAUCAAAACCAGGUCGGUGGAGCAGACCCUCAUCCCCCUGGUGACUCAGAUCACAACACUUAUAAACCAUAAAGAGAAACCAAAGAAAUCUGAGAAAACACUACGAGCAAUUCAACGGGUAGGGCAAGCAGUAAGCCUGGCUGUUGGAAGGUUUGUCACUGUUGGUGAAGCCAUAGCUAAUGAAAAUGAAGAAUUAAAAGAAGAAAUGUAUUUUGCUUGCCAGGAGGCACGAAGAGCAGGAGAGAGCAUUGCACAGUUGACUGAUGUGGGCGCCUUUGACCAGCCAGAAUCAGAUACAAGGGCAACAGUUUAUACAGAUAAAACUGGAAUGAUUAAAGCUGCACGGCUUCUACUGUCUUCUGUUACAAAAGUACUAGUGUUGGCAGACAGGGUAGUCAUAAAGCAAAUCAUCAACUCCAGAAGCAAGGUUCUUGCAACUUUGGAGCACUUAGAAAAAGUCAGCAGCUUUCAGGAGUUUGUACAAAUCUUCAGUCAAUUUGGAAACGAGAUGGUAGAAUUUGCCCAUUUGACAGGAGACAGACAAAAUGAUCUGAAAGAUGAAAAGAAGAAGGCAAGGAUGGCGGCUGCCAGGGCAAUACUAGAGAAAUGCACUAUGAUGCUUCUCACAGCAUCAAAGACUUGUCUUCGGCAUCCGGACUGUGAAUCAGCAAGAAUAAACAAAGGAGGCGUUUUCCAUCGCAUGAGGUUGGCUUUAGAUCAGGUGAUAGAGAUUGUCACAGAUUCGAGACAAAAUGCUGAAAAUGAGAUCCAUCCCACCAGUAUCUAUGCUGACAUCAAAGAAUUUAAAAUGAAGAUUGAAGGUUUACGAGACAACUUGCAUGGAAUUUCUAAAGAAAGUCUCACGGCAAUGCUUGAGUUAAUCCUGGAACACACAGAAGACUUCACAGACUCUGCAUAUACGAGCCACGAACACCGUGAAAGUAUCUUAGAAUUGUCCAGGCAGUCCAGAUUAGAACUGGAGCAGCUGAAUACCGUGUGGAAACAAGCACAAAGUUUGAAAGCCAGAGAAGCCACAGAAGAUAUGGAGCUGGCUAUAAUUAAGACUCGGCAGUGUGUGAGUGAGCUGAGGAGAGAACUUCAAAACACAGCUGUGGAAUCAGCAGGGGAACUUCUGAAGUGCUACACAGAGCAUGUGGUCCUCAAGGCAUUGAAGGUAUCAGGGGCAGAAGCAAAUUUGGAAGCACUAGCUGAGUGUACUUGUAAACUCUCUGAACAGAAGGAACAACUUGCUGAGACGUCUCGAUUACUGCGGCAUGUGUCAGGAACAGAACCCUUGGAGAUUACUUGUUUACAUGCAGAAGAAACAUUUCAGGUUAUUGGUCCACAGAUAAUUUCUGCUGCACAGACCUUGGCUCUUCACCCUUCUAGUAAGAUUGCCAAGGAAAACUUGGAUGUAUUUUGUGAGGCAUGGGAGUCACAACUGAACGACAUGUCCAUUCUGCUGAAAGAAAUUAAUGAUGUCUUUGAAGGACGAAGAGGUGAGAAGCGUGCAUACCUUUCUCUGCCGAGACCAGGGAAACAUACUGCAAAUCUGAAGACUGUUAAAGCAGUAAAAUUAGAUGCUGAGGAACAGGCUAAGAUAGCAAAAUUGGGGUUGGAGCUGCGUUUGCACACGUCAGAUGUAGAUGCAGAAACAGAAAGGUGGGAAGACCAAGAUAAUGAAAUUCUUCGUCAAGCACAGACUAUGUCCAGCAUGGCAUAUUCUAUGUAUCUUUUCACAAGAGGAGAAGGCCUUUUGAAAACAACACAGGAUUUAUUUCACCAGGCAGAAAUCUUUGCUGAAGAAGGUCUGAGACUGUAUACAUCUCUUCAUUCUUUUUCAAAUCAGUUGGAAGAAGAUGAAAAAGCAAUUCUAAUGAUGGAGACAGAGAAGUUUCCUUCCUUGUGUCAACAGCUGCAGAUGUCCAGCAAAACCCCUGUUCAUGGCAAAGCUGCCAUUUUCGCUAAGGUUGACACUGCUAUUCAGGAAACUAAGAAUAUAAUGACUGUGUUGAUGAAGGUUCUUUCUCUUUGUUACAAAUUGUUAAAAAAGUGUAAAGUGGAUCAAACAUUCAUGGGUUCUCCCCACAACUGGAGAGGAAACCAGUUGCAGAUGGUUUCAAAUGGUGAGAGCUUAGAUGGUCAGAAUCCAGACACGUUUGGUGUGAAAUCUCUGGAAAGGCACAUGGCAAAUUUAACGUUUUUAGAAAGCAAAUGAUGGAUCAGGUCCUGGAGAGGCUGUAACACUACUAAAAAGCAAAUGUCACAUGUACUGUAAACUUUGUGCAGUUUUAGCUGCAAAUCUAUUAGCUCAUUGUUUGUUAAAUUUGUAGUACUUAAUGUGGCUAAAAACAAACGGGUGUUAUCCCUGACAGAUUCCACCAUUUGGAGUUGUGACUGUUUCAAACCUCCUACUUUAAACAGUAUUUUUUAUCUUUGACUCUGUAGUAUUUUAAGUAACACCUAAUGAAAUGGCUAAAUAUCUUGUUUAAAUAUCUUCUCAGAAAUGUGUUCAUGGAAGUUUAUUUUUUUUCUUAGCCUGCUGAUACCUUAUUUCGAUCCAUUUGUGAAUGUGUUAUUGAUGCGAUUAGUCCUUUGAUGCUGCUAUGGUCAAAAAUGUGUAAGAGCAUAAACUGGAUAUUACAGGCAAAUGUUACUGCUGUGUAAGAUAACUAAAACCAAAUUAUUAUAUUUGCAGGCAGGCUAUUGCAACAAACUUGAUAACUUGGGUGCACCUAAAUCAGAAAAGGCUGUACUACUGUCUCUCUUUCUUCUCUUGCUUCUCCCUAUUCAAGGCAUAAACUUUCAGGAGAAAGGCCCAAGCUUCCUUUUAGCCAAAUUUAUACCAAAAUAAUUGAGAUAUCUUAUUUUCUGUUUCAGAAUAUCAAGUUUGUGUUUUUUUUCUUUCUCUACUACCUACAAAUUAAAGUUCUUGAUAACAAAUAUAAAUUUAUUUUGAAAGUAUGUAUUUUGUGUUUAGGAAGAAGAGCAAUCAAACAGAUUACAAGUUUUAGAGGACAAGUAUUUUAAUGAAUAGAAAUCUGACAUGUGUUCUAUCCCUCCAUCACGUUCUUUCCCCCAUGAACUCUGUACCUAAUGUCACUAUUUUUCUGGUGAUUUUGAUAUGCAGUGCAGUGGGGUUGGAAUGUUGAUGCAUGAACCACUGGAAAUAUUUAGUAUAAAGAACUUCUACUGGAUUUGUAUUACCUGUAAAGGCAGUUUUUAAAACAAAAACUUCUCUUA